AGAACAAGAACAACUAAGAGCGAGCGAUAUAUAGAGAGAGAGAGAGAGAGAGGAAAGAAACAGUAAAAAACAUAUACGCAAGGAACGAGAGAACGAGAGAAGGAGAGAGAGGGGAGAGCGGAGGGAUUUCACAGAUUCGACUUCAGCUCUUCGUCGUCGCCGUUCGAAUCGAUAGCCUCGCGAUCCGGCGAUCUAUCGUCGCUCACCGCUUCCAUUUCUCUCUGGUUUUGUGUUGGUGCGAAGAUUGGGACAGCUGAGAGUGCAGUAUGAGCAUCGACAGUCCCGGAGGAGGGAGCAAUUAGGGUUUCAGUGGGUUUUUUUGGGGGCAGUGGUUGGACUUCCAUGGGCGAUGGCGGUGUUGCAUGUGUGCCUUCGCAGCAUAUUAUGGAGCAAUUUCCAAUUUCCGACACUUUUUGCGGAGGCAACAACGGAAAGUUCAAUUCGAAGUCGCUCAAGCAAAAGGUGAAGAUGAAGGUGAAAAGAGAGGAGUUUUCGAAGAAGACAGAGUCUGGGACGGCUGAAUUGGGUUGUGAGAAGGCUAACUGCAGUGCGGAGGUUGAGAACGGUGAGUCUUGUGUAGAUAAGGUGCCAAAAGAGGAAAUAGAGGAAGGUGAAUUGGGUUCAUUGAAGUGGCCAACUGGGGAGCUGGAGAAUGGGGAGUUCAUUCCCGGGAAGCCGCAGAAGUUUGAAGUAAAGAGCGAAAUUGAGAAGGCAGAGUGCCCUAUUGAGAAAUGGAGGAAAGGGGAACUGGAAAAGGGGGAGUUCCUUUCGGCUAAGUGGCGGAAAGAGCAUUCUGACAAAGGAGAAUUCAGUUCAGGGAGGUCUCGAACUGAUGAAAUAGUGGAGAAGUGUAGAAAAGGGGAGCCAGAGAAAACAGAAUUGGGCUCCUGGAGAGGUUCUAAAGCCGAAAUUGAGAAAGGAGAGUUCAUCCCUGUAAGACGGCAUAAAAGUGAGGUGGUCAAGGAGAAAAUGCGCAGGGAUGAUUCAUCAAGGAACAAGGGAUUGAAAUCUGAGCGAGAAUGGACACCCCCUUCUGGUAAGUAUGCAACUGAUAAAGAAAUCAAAGGAAGCGGGAGUCAGCAUUUGAAAAGGUCAUCCAGGUGGGAAACUGGUCAAGAGAGAAACCCGAGGUUGGGUUCAAAAAUUGUAGUUGAGGAUGGCUCCAUCAAGUUUGAAAACAGCAACGGGAAGAAUCAUGGAAAAGAACACUUAUCAGGAAAUAGGUUGAAACGGCACGGAAAUGAUUCUGAUAGCGGUGAUCGUAAACAUUAUGGAGAAUAUGGUGAUUAUGUGAGCUCAAAAAGCCGUAGGCUUUCUGAUGAUGGUAGUCGCUCCACGUAUUCAGAGCACUACAGGACUGCGGAGAGAUCAUACAGAAAUUCUUCUGCAUCAAGGAACAUAGCCUCUGACAGGUACUCUUCUAGACAUUAUGAAUCUUCCUUAUCUUCCAGGGUGGCUUAUGACAGGCAUGGCUGUAGCCCACGGCAUUCUGAGCGGUCCCCACGGGACCGACAGCGCUGCACUGAUCACCGUGAUCGAACUCCAGUCCGCCGUGAGAGAUCCCCACAUGAUAGAACUCCAAUCCGUCGGGAGAGGUCGCCUCACGAUAGAGGUCGCUACUAUGAUCAUAGAAACCGGAGUCCUAGCUACUCAGACCGGUCCCCACAAGAUCGAGGUCGACAUUUUGAUCGUAGGGAUUGGACCCCUAGCUUCUUGGAGCGAUCCUCAGUGGAAAGGAAUAGGCACAAUAACUACAAAGAAACAAAUCGGAAAAAUGGAGGAAGUGAAAAGAGAGCAAGUCAUCAUGGAAGUAAAGAAGAGAAGCUUGACCAGAAAGAUUCUUGUGGAAGAGACACUCAUAUCUUAUCUAAAGAAUCUCAAGAUAGAAGUGACUUGGAUAAUGGUGGUGAAUUGCUCGAGAAAAAUGCAGACCUUCAAUCUCAUGUGGAAGAGGUUUCCCAAAAUCAAGGAAUGCAAUGCAAACAGUCUCCUCAGGCUAAUGGCAUUCAUGAGGAGCUUCCUUCAAUGGAAGAGGAUAUGGAUAUAUGUGACACACCACCACAUGUUCCAGCUGCAGUGGAUUCUACAUCAGGAAAAUGGUUCUAUCUUGAUCAUUUUGGUGUGGAACGUGGGCCUUCCAAAUUGUGCAACCUGAAGGCACUUGUUGAAGAAGGUUUUCUCGUAUCUGAUCACUUGAUCAAGCACCUGGACAGUGACAGGUGGGUUACUGUUGAAAAUGCAGUUUCCCCACUCGUGACUUUGAAUUUACUUUCUAUUGUCUCAGACAGUGUUACUCAGCUAGUGAGCCCUCCUGAGGCUCCUGGUAAUCUGUUGGUAGAUUCUGGAGAUGCUGGUCAAUCUGCUAAUCAACUAGGCCAGGGUACCUCGUCCACUUUGCUGGAACCUACUUAUUGUCCAGGUGAGAGUUUAGUUGCCUCUGAACCUGCAGAAGAUCUCCACAUUGAUGUAAGAGUUGGAGCUUUGUUGGAGGGUUAUAGUGUAAUUCCUGGCCAGGAACUUGAAACAGUUGGGGAAGCACUGCAAAUGAGUUUUGAGCGUGGAGAAUGGAAAAAAUAUGGAGAUCCUGAAGUAUGUGCAGGAUUCACUUGGCAUGGGUUUCACUUUGGGGAACAACAAGAUGAAGAUGCAGGCAACACCAUAUCGAGGUAUCCAGAUCAUGCAGCAAAAGAAGCUUCAGAAAGAUCAAUUGCUGUAUCUGAUAGGGACACUAUGUUUGCCUAUGGUGACUCUACUGACUGGUUCUCUGGCCGGUGGCCGUGCAAGGGAGGGGAUUGGAAGAGGCAUGAUGAAGCUGCCCAAGAUAGAUCCUGGAGAAAGAAGUUUGUCCUCAAUGAUGGGUACCCUCUAUGCCAAAUGCCAAAAUCUGGCCUUGAAGAUCCCAGAUGGCACUGGAAAGAUGAUUUGUACCGUCCUUCUCAUAGCAGAAGGCUUGACCUCCCACCUUGGGCUUUUUCUUUGCCUGAUGAGUCAAAUGAUUGUAGUGCAGUCAGCAGAUUGAAUCAAUCAAAACCUGUUCCUGUAAGAGGAACAAAGGGAAACAUGCUUCCUGUUGUGAGGAUAAAUACGUGUGUGGUCAAAGACCAUGGUUCUUUUGUCUCUGAGCCCCGUGCAAAGGUCAGAGGAAAGGAUAGAUACAGUUCAAGGUCUUCUCGAGCUCAUUCUGGAAAUAGAGAUGUGAAGAGAUCAUCAGAAGAACAUAGUUCUCAAUCUAAAAGCAUUUGUGAACAGGAAUCACGAGGCUUCUGUAGGAGUACAACAUCCAUUAAUAUACCAAAAGACCGUCUUUGCACAGGACAUGACUUACAGUUACAUCUAGGUGAUUGGUACUACCUUGAUGGAGCUGGGCAUGAGCAUGGGCCAUCGUCAUUUUCAGAGAUGCAAGUCUUGGUGGAUCAAGGUGUCAUCCGGAAGGACAUCAGUGUUUUCAGGAAAGUUGAUAGAGUUUGGGUUCCGUUGACCUCUGCUGCAGAGGCUUCUGAGCCUUCUGUAAAGAUCCAACAUGAUAUUAAUAAAAAAUCUAGUGAUGCUUCUGGAUUAACAGGCGCCACACUUAGUGGAAACACCACUGUUUCCAGUUCAUUCCACAGGUUGCAUCCGCAAUUCAUUGGUUUUACCAGGGGGAAGCUGCAUGAGCUGGUGAUGAAAUCAUAUAAGAGUCGUGAGUUUGCUGCAGCCAUAAAUGAGGUCUUGGACCCAUGGAUCAGUGCAAAACAGCCAAAGAAGGAAAUAGAAAAAUACAUGCAGAAUCAAUUUCUCUAUAGUAAAUUUCAGAAUUCAGGCAAGAGAGCCAGGUUAAUGGUUGAUGAAUGUGAGGAAGAUUAUGAAAUAGAAGAGGAAUUAGUAGCAGGUAAGGAAGAAUGGACAUUUGAUCAUCUGUGCAGUGAUGCUAUUUUUCACAAGGAGGACAAUGUAGAUUCUGAGAUUCAAACUGGAUGCUGGGGUCUAUUGGAUGGUCAUGCACUGGCACGGAUCUUUCAUUUCCUCGGAAAUGAUGUAAAAUCCCUUGUUUUUGCUGCUUUGACUUGUAAGCACUGGAGAGCAGUGGUCAACUUUUACAAAGACAUCUCCAGAGAGGUUGACUUGUCAUCUCUUGGCCCUAGUUGCACUGACAGCAUCAUCUGGAAAAUCAUGAAUGGUUACAAAAAGGAGAAGAUAACUUCACUGGUUCUACUUGGUUGCACCAAUGUCUCUUUGGGCAUGCUGGAGAAAAUUAUUCGGUUAUUCCCUUCCUUAUCUUGUAUGGAUAUUAGAGGCUGCAGCCAGUUAAUUCAUUUGGUUGAUAAAUUUCCAAACAUUAAUUGGAUCAAGAGCAGAGGACAUUCAAAAUUAAGGAGCCUUAAGCACAUAAAUGAGAGAACUUCAACUGUGUUCAAAAGUCAGAAUGGGCUGGAAAGUAACAUGGAUGAUUCCAGUGGAUUGCGAGAUUAUUUUGAAAGUUUGAAUCGAAGGGACUCAGCAAAUCAGUCUUUCCGCAAAAGCUUGUACAAACGUUCAAAACUGUAUGAUGCUAGAAAGUCAUCUUCCAUCCUAUCUAGGGAUGCGCAUUUGAGGCACUGGGCUGUCAGAAAAUCUGAAAGUAGUUACAAGAGGAUGGAGGAAUUCCUUGUUUCAGGUCUGAAAGACAUAAUGAAGGAGAACACCUUUGAUUUUUUUGUGCCCAAGGUUGCUGAAAUUGAGAAUAGAAUGAAGAGUGGCUACUAUGCUGGCCGUGGCUUGAGCUCUGUGAAAGAGGAUAUCAGUCGGAUGUGCCGGGAUGCAAUCAAAGCGAAAAAUCGUGGUGAUGCUGGAGAUAUGAAUCGCAUUGUUACAUUAUUUAUCCGACUUGCUACACGCUUGGAAGGUGGUUCUAAGCUUUCUCAUGAAAGAGAUGAGAUGAUGAAGAACUGGAAAGAUGAUUUAUCUGCAGGUCUUGACCUUGCUACCUCAAAGUACAAGAAGAAGCUCAACAAGGUGACGGAAAAGAAAAUGAUUCGAAGUUAUGGAACCUCUAUUAAUGGUGGUUCUGAUUAUGGAGAGUAUGCUUCUGAUAGAGAAAUCAGAAGGCGUUUAUCCAGGUUGAAUAAAAAAUCUAUGGACUCUGGAAGUGAGACAUCUGAUGAACUGAACGGGUCUUCUGAAGAAACCAAGACUGACAGUGAGAGUAGUGACUCAGAUACAGAAAGUGGCUCUGAUUUCCAAUCAGAAAGUCGUGUUGUUGAUUCAAGGGGAGAUGGAUACUUCCCUGCAGAUGAUGGGUUUGAUUCUCUGACUGAUGAACGUGAAUGGGGUGCUCGAAUGACGAAAGCUAGCCUUGUUCCUCCUGUUACUAGGAAAUAUGAAAUAAUUGACAGAUAUGUAAUUGUAGCAGACGAGGAGCUAGUGAAGAGGAAGAUGCAGGUUUCUUUACCUGAUGACUAUGCUGAGAAGCUCAGUGCUCAGAGAAAUGGCACUGAGGAAUCGGAUAUGGAGAUACCUGAAGUUAAGGACUAUAAGCCUAGAAAACAGCUUGGAGUUGAGGUAAUAGAACAAGAAGUUUAUGGCAUAGAUCCUUACACUCAUAAUCUUCUUCUUGAUUCCAUGCCAGAGGGAUCAGAUUGGAGUCUUCAGGAUAAGCACGUGUUUAUUGAAGAUGUUCUACUCCGUAUGCUGAAUAAGCAGGUUCGGCACUUCACAGGCACUGGAAACACUCCCAUGAUGUAUCCUUUGCAGCCUGUUGUUGAGGACAUCCUAAAAACUGCCAAGGAAGAACAUGAUACACGAAUUGUUAAAUUUUGUGAAUGUAUCCUGAAGGCAAUUGAUAGUCGUCCCGGGGAUAAUUAUGUUGCUUAUAGGAAGGGUCUUGGCGUUGUUUGCAAUAAAGAAGGUGGAUUUGGUGAAGAGGAUUUUGUUGUGGAGUUUCUGGGUGAGGUUUAUCCUGCUUGGAAAUGGUUUGAGAAGCAAGAUGGGAUUCGUUCUUUGCAAAAAAAUAGUGAAGAUCCAGCACCAGAGUUUUAUAACAUUAAUCUUGAGAGGCCAAAGGGUGAUGCUGAUGGCUAUGACUUGGUAGUUGUUGAUGCAAUGCAUAAAGCAAACUAUGCAAGUCGAAUUUGUCACUCAUGCCGCCCUAAUUGUGAGGCAAAAGUUACUGCUGUUGAUGGUCAGUACCAGAUUGGAAUAUAUGCUGUACGGCCAAUUGAAUAUGGUGAAGAGAUCACAUUUGAUUACAAUUCUGUCACGGAGAGUAAAGAAGAAUACGAAGCAUCAGUUUGUUUAUGUGGGAGCCAGGUUUGCCGUGGAAGCUACUUGAAUCUGACUGGUGAAGGAGCCUUCCAGAAGGUGCUGAAGGAGUGGCAUGGCAUACUGGAUCGACAUCACUUGUUGCUAGAGGCUUGUGAAUUAAAUUAUGUCUCUGAAGAAGAUUAUAUUGACUUGGGUAGAGCUGGUUUAGGAAGUUGCCUACUUGGGGGAUUGCCCGAUUGGCUGAUUGCUUAUUCAGCUCGCUUGGUGAGAUUUAUUAAUUUUGAAAGAACUAAGCUUCCUGAUGAGAUCCUGAGGCAUAAUGUGGAAGAGAAGAGGAAAUACUUUGCAGAUAUUUCAAUUGAUGUUGAGAAAAGUGAUGCUGAAGUCCAGGCUGAGGGUGUCUUCAACCAAAGGCUUCAGAAUUUGGCUCUUACUCUUGACAAGGUCAGGUAUGUCAUGAGAUGUGUCUUUGGUGACCCAAAGAAUGCCCCACCGCCGGUGGAGAGGUUGAGUCCUGAAGAAGCAGUUUCCUUUCUAUGGAAGGGGGAGGGAUCACUUGUAGAUGAACUUACUCAAUGCAUUGCUCCUCAUAUGGAUGCUAGCAUGCUAAAGGAUCUCAAGUCCAAGAUUCAUGCUCAUGAUCCAUCUGGUUCUAAUGACAUCCAGAAGGAGCUGCGGAAAUCUUUGAUAUGGUUAAGGGAUGAGGUUCGAAAUCUUUCAUGUACAUAUAAGUGUAGGCAUGAUGCUGCUGCUGAUUUGAUUCACAUUUAUGCUCAUACAAAGUUCUUCUUUAGAGUGCGGGAAUACAAGGCUGUAACUUCCCCACCUGUUUACAUUAGUCCUCUUGACCUUGGCCCCAAAUAUUCAGAUAAGUUGGGGUCAGGUUUCCAGGAAUACAGCAAGACGUAUGGUGAAAAUUAUUGUUUAGGGCAGUUGAUAUAUUGGUAUAACCAAACUAAUGCUGAGCCAGAUUGUAACCUAGCUAGAGGGGGCAGGGGUUGUCUAUCACUACCUGACAUUGGUUCCUUUUAUGCCAAGGUCCAGAAACCAUCUCGGCAUCGGGUAUAUGGCCCAAGGACUGUGAAAUUCAUGUUAGCAAGAAUGGAAAAGCAGCCUCAGAGACCAUGGCCCAAGGAUCGGAUUUGGUCGUUCAAGAAUUCCAUAAAAAUUUUUGGCAGUCCCAUGCUAGAUGCUGUUAUGCACAAUUGUCCCCUGGACAGGGAGUUGGUGCAUUGGUUGAAGAACAGACCUGCUAUUUUUCAGGCUAUGUGGGAUCGCUAACCGUAGCUGGCUGGCAUUGUGGAAGCAGCAUCGAGAGCAUUCCCAUUGAAGCAUUUGGAAUGGUUACUCAGUUUUUGGUUGCAGGUGGUCCCCGCGAGGGAGCUGGCAGACAUUUCAGAAGCAACGUGCGUUCAUGGUGCUGCUUUUGGCUUUAUUCUUGUGUACAGCUUUAUUUCUUUUCUCUGCAAUUCCAAUUUUGGAAUGUGCAAUUCAUUAUUGAUAGUAGUACAGCUUUUUUUUUUUUUUUUUGGCCUUUUAUUAAUGGGGAUAAGUUAAAAAAUAGGAAGAAGAAAUCCAAGUUAACUGAUCAUAGUUGCAUCGUCGCAUCCGACAGCCAUCUAUCAGAAUGCCAGCACUUUAUCAUCUGUACCAUAUCCUAACCUUCUUAGGAUAGUUUUUUGUCUGAUAUCUGAACAGUUUUAAGUAGGCUUUUAGGAUUUUGGGUAGAAAUUAUGGUCUUGCAUGAGUUCUGCAGGUGCCUUGUUCUUGUUUGGUUCUUGUAAGGCUCUUUGAUUGACAAGUGUAUUUAAAUGAUUGUGACCAAAGAUGAAAAAUUGGCCCAAUUGUUAGUUGAAAA